UGUGGAAACUAUCGAAAUACAGUUGGCGUUGAGACCUCAGCCAUCGAACACUAAUCGCGCGCACCCUAGAAAAGAAAGAAAAUGAGUUUGCUCUCGUGUUUCCUGCGGUUUGAAUCAGCCCAAGAGAGCUACCGUCCCGGCGAGGUGAUUAAGGGUACGGUCACUUUGAAUGUUCACGGUAGCAGUACGCUUCUAAUCAAAGCCUUAUCUAUAAAAUGUUCGGGCUAUGCCUCCUGCCAAUGGGAGAAGCCGCAAACGGCAAAGAAGGAAAGCAAGAAACCAAAACCCAAAGAGUUCUAUGUCAGUCGCGAGGAUUAUAUUUCCACUCAAAGCUAUAUCAUUGGCUCGGAGCAAGCCAACCCCAGUGCUUUAUCGCCGGGGACUCACAUUUACAGUUUCAUGGUUCAACUGCCCUCAAAUGCCCCAUCUUCCUUUGAUGGAGCCCUGGGCUUUAUUCGCUACGAGCUGCAGGUUAAUGCCAACUACAUAGAUCGCAUCGACUGCCUGACCUCAACUCCUUUAAUGGUGGAGCAAUCAAAAGAUCUGCGCCGCCUUGCAGCUGACAUUCAAACUGCAACGGAAAAUGAAAAAUACGAAGCCAAACCUUGUUUGAAAUUUUGGAGGCGACCCCUCCAGUUAUAUGUGAGCUUGCCCCAAAGUGGAUAUGUGGUAGGUGAAUGCAUAAGUGUCCAUGUCAAAGUCUCCAAUCAUGGCAAUGUGAAGCUCAAGGAUAUCACAACGAAACUGAAUCGCAUUGUCACCUACAAGGGAGCCAUCAAGGAGCGUAAGCCUAUGGAGACCUCGGAGACAACGGCUAUCGCGUGCAAUGUUCACGGUCUCUUUGGUCAGAACUCCAAUGUCACACAACACUUGCAGCAAUUGUUUGUACCAAAAACUUCACCCUCUUUGGAUGCAACUGAGUGCAAAUGCCUAAGUGUGCGCUACGAAGUAGAAGUUACAGUGUGUGCCCGCAAUGCCAAAAGGUUCGUUCAAACCGUUGUUCCCAUUGUGGUGGGAACGGUUUCUUUGAGCAGUGAUGAAAAACUGCCAGUACUGAAUACAGCGACAAAUCAUGCUGCCACAAUUACUGUGGCCAGAUCCAUGGAUGAGCUGAAUCUGCCGUCGACGUGGGAAAUGCGUCGUGACAAUGUGACUGCAUUGCAGCAGGCAGCGCAGUUGAGUGCGUCUACCUCGUCUUUGGCAUCAUCUUUUAGAGAAGCAGACUAUAUGCCAAAUGUUAAAUUAUACAAAAAAUCCAAAAGUCAACUUGAAGGAGAUGCUGCGGAUUUUAAGCCCAAAUAUCUUUACUAUGAUCUUCCAGAGGAACUACAAGGAAACCUGCAAGAUAUGUCUGCCUCCACCAGCCAAGCAGAAACGAGUGGCUCACAAAUUAUAACCAGAACAACAGAUGAAAAAUUCUAGACUGCCUUUAGGAAUUUUCAUUUCUUGUUAUUUUUUGUGUAUUAAGUUAUGAGAUUAUUUUAAAUUAUUGAUAAUAU